AUGUCAACAAUAGCCUUUAGAAAAGAUGUAAGAGCCCAAGUGGAACCGGGUGGACGCGGUAACAGACCACCAGCUCUGCUCCGGGGGGGGAGCGGGAUGAUGAAGACCCUGCUGCGGCAAGUUGCGCCACGAGCGGGGAUCGCCAGGCGUUGUUUCAACACGGCCAUGGGCUUUGCUUCUUCCAGGGACUCGCCCUGUCCUCCUUCGACUAGUCCCAGGCCCUGGCUUUUCGUUGGCCUCGGUAAUCCAGGCGAGAAGUUCCGGUCCACCAGACACAACGUAGCCCUCUUUACCUCUUGAGUUUUCUUCCAUCUUAUUUCCAAUUCGGUUCUUCUGCUCACUCGUACGUUUGCUAUGGCAGGUCGGUUUCGAGAUGAUCGACUCUUUUGCGCAAUCCGUGGGCAUAUCUAUGUCGUCUGUCCACUGCAAGGCUCUCUUCGGCCAAGGUAGCUAAUCGCUCGUUCCUUUCUUUACCCUCUUGGACGUCUGAGGUACCUUUUUAUACGAACAUUACUCUGAUUCAUUCGGUUCUCCCGUUCUUCUUUACUUCCCUUUUCUCAGGGUUGGUGGAUGGCAGUCCGGUUUUUCUCGCAAAACCACAGACUUACAUGAAUCUGAGCGGUGAAUCUGUAAGUACUUAAUCUGAAUAUUUAUCUAGCUAAGUGAAGCAGAAGGCUAAAUUCAUUAGUUCAAGGAAGCAUAACUGCGAGUGUUAUGGUGUCUUAUAAUGAAAUGCUAGAGAUCAGAUCACCUAAUAGUUUACUUGUGAAUUUUUAACAUUUUGGUAUGACUUACUCUUGAGAGUAUUCCCUUGAUAAAAAAUGGCUGCCCAGUAUGCAUUCGUCCUUGGAUGAUUAGCCCGGUCAAUCAUUUUGGUAUGAUAUUUUCUUGCUGAAAAGGAUACGAAAAAAAAGAUUCCAGUAAUCACCUUCUUUAAAUGAUUAGUCAGCUGCUUGCUUUUUAGAGUACACAUGGAUUAUGCCAACAAUUUAAAGAUGCAAUUAGUGGCCAAGAUGGUCGGGUUCAGAUUAGGACCUAGGUAUGGAAAUUGAACCGGUACUAUAAACUUAUUGAAGCUAUGGGUGACUUUGUCUGACCUGACCCUCUAAACUAAUAAUGCACAAUGUCUAAUUGGGUUGAAUGGGCUUUCACGUUAUUUAUUUUCUUGACUGUUUGAGUCUGGGGCUGGAUCAGGUUGGUCUAAAAUUAAGUUAAUACUUCUGUGGGGAAUAUAAGAUUGAGAAGUAUUUUUAAGUUUAAGAACAUUAGGAAUCAAUUAUUUUUUUUUUUGUUGGGAUGGGAAGUAGAUUUUUGCUUUCUAAAGACGUACUAUAGAUGUAUGUACUGAUACAUUACAUCAGCCAUGAUCAGAGUGGUACAAGAUAAAUAUCUGUUGAUUAUUAGGUAUGUGCUAUGCUCUUAAUGUCCUUCUGCAGUGAAUUAUGUUUUAAAUGCUAAAGCGUACAAGACUGGCUCGAGAGGCAUGGUGGACACUUGAUUUAAAGCCUAAGAAAGUUUUUGGAAAGUCGUAGCCAAAAAAAAUUCAUUGGUUAAGGAAGAAUGGGAUGAUUUGGGGAUGGAAUUGGAAAGGUCUAUUUACUUAUGAAGACUCUUUUUUGCUUUAAUUAACUAACGGUCGUUUGGAUUCCGAAAUUUUUACAUGAUUUCAACUAGAAGCCAAUACCUAGAGUAAGCCAAAGGUUGGCAUUUCAACUAAUAUUGAAUUGUAGUUACCCGGGUUGCAGUAUUUUCUUCAAUAUUACUUCUGUGGCGUUGUGAAGCUGAACGUAUGUAAUUUGAGGUUCAAAAAUUGGUUGCUGGUUCCAUGGCGAUGACAGCAUGCAAUUUCUGCAGUGUGCCUUGUAGAAGUCCAGAUUAUAGGUAUUAGUUAAUUUUAGGACAACCUUCAUCAUUAUUGUUAAAAAUCGUCAUAGCCCAUCAAUAUUGUGUUUGCUUAAUAAUUCAUUUGUCUUAAUUUUUUCGUAUGAAUUUUGUAUUUACUUGCCUGCUUGUCUUAAUUCCAGGCUGGACCACUUGCGGCAUACUACAAGCUUCAGCUGGAUCGUGUUGUUUUAGUAAUGCUCACUUCUCAUGCUGAAUAUUCCAUCAUUUUCUUUCAACCAUAUUGGGUUCUUAAAGUUUAAACACAUUUCCUUUCAAAUUGUAGAUAUUUGAUGACAUGAGCUUGCCAUGUGGAGUGCUCCGUUUACAACUAGGAGGUGGCCAUGGAUGUCAUAACGGGUACUGCAAUCAUAAUCCAAUGUUGCAACCUUUUCUUUCCUCCGUGUAGAAUUGGGUCUUUCUGACAGACCAACCUCCCUGCAUGAGACAACUCAUUCUGCUUGACCUCUUUAAGACCAAGCAACCCGAAAAAUUCAAUUCCUUUAGCUUCCUGAGGGAAACAGAUUGAGUUUUAACGUUAAUUCCCGAGUGUUUUAAACUUGGUAGGUUAUCUGUUGCUCGCUGAUUUAAUUCUCAUGUGGUUACAUGGUUACAUUGUCACACUGGAUGGUAUCAUGAAAGAUGGUCACGAGUCAUUUUGAUGGGGACAACUUGGUUUUGUAGAAGAAUUGUGAGGGUUUUAUAUCUCCUAAAUGUAAAACAUUUCUUAUAGUUUAUUUUAUUUUAUUUUCAGCCACUGUAUUUCAAGUAAUUCAGGUGCCGUUCAUUGAUGAACAUUGUGUUGCUUAAAUAAGCUUCCAUUUAUAACGUACAUGCGCUUUUACUAGGUUGAAGAAUGUCAUUCAUCAUUUUCGCGGUAACAAAGAAUUUGGACGUUUGAGAAUCGGUUGGUUUGCAAGUACCCAGUUUUUUUUCCAUAUAAUAUCUCUGUGGAACUAGUUUGAUAAGAUGAACAUUUAAAAUGUCGAAGGUAUUGGUCGACCGCCAGGCCAAAUGGAUCCAAAGGCCUUCGUUCUCCAAACAUUCAAUGCCACUGCACGUAAUCGGGUGAGUCUAGAAGCUUUUCAGACUGUUGCUUCUCAUCUUAUUCUCUUGCAAUGUAUAGAAAAUUUAUAGACAAAAAAUUUACCCAUGGCUUCCCCUGCCAUCGUCUUAUUUUCAUGUGAUGGAUAUUUUAUGGGAUUAGAUCGAUGCAGCGUUGAAGGAAGGUGUCGGAAUACUGAAGGCCAUUAUACAGGAGGGGCUGACAGAGAGCUCAAGAUCUGCCAACAUGGAGCAGAAGUACAAACACUUGAGACCGAAGACUUUGCCACAGUAG